CAAGACUCACGUGUUGCCAGUGAACCAGUUUACAGCCGACUCUCCUGAACAUUGUAUGCGAGAAUUUGCAGAGAACAAAGCCAUGCUGGUGCUGCUGUUGGUAGCAGUGACCUCGCUGGUCCACUCAGCUCCUCUCACUAACGUGUCCCUGCCACUGGACUGUGAGGAUGUUUACAUCCUAAAGACAAGCGCAGUGAAGAACGCCUCUGUCCCCAGUGGAGUCUACACCAUUUACCCAGCAGGUCUAAAUAAACCUCUGGAGGUAUACUGCGAUAUGGGCUGUGUAAAACUUGAUGGCGAUCAGAAGGCGAAAUGGACUGUGAUUCAGAGGAGAAUCAACGGCAAUCUGAGUUUCUACCGGUCAUGGGAGCAGUAUAAACAUGGAUUUGGUGAUGCCAGCGGUGAAUAUUGGCUAGGUCUGGAGAACAUCUUCCUAAUGACCAACAGAUAUAGAUAUCAGCUGAGAGUGGACAUGGAGGACUUUGAGAGAGGCAGUGCCUAUGCCCAGUACACUUCGUUCUUCAUCAAUGGAGAGUCCAGCAAUUACAGACUGAAUAUCAAUGGCUACAUCAACGGUGGAGCAGGUGAUUCUUUGACUUUUGUGAAUGGCCGUGAUUUUGCAACCUUUGACAAAGAAGCAGUAGGAAACUGUGCAGAGGUUUACAGUGGAGGAUUCUGGUACUACUGGUGGCCAUGUCACUAUGCAAACCCUAAUGGUCUGUAUAAACAUGGGAAUGUGGGUACUGAGUACACAGGGAUCAUGUGGCAGACCUGGAAAGGUUACUACUAUUCUCUAAAGACUAUUGUGAUGAAGAUCAGAAAAUAAACCUGAAAGAUCUUGAAAAUCUUUAAACUUUCUAGACCUUUAAAUCUAGAAGAGUAGACCAGAUAGAAAUAAGUGUAGCAUCUCUGACUGCUCUGAAAUAGAAAACUAUUAGGAAAUAAAUCUUAUCCUUUGA